AUGAUGCUUCUCGCUUCCGCCGUUACGAGUAAUCCCUUUCGUGCGGCCGCGGACGGCGGUCGUCCGCCCGUAGGGGCUGCUCCGCUGCGCCAGGUGGCUGCGUCCGCAACGCCGAGUCAGGCGCGCAUCAAGCUCCAACCCUCGCAGCUGCAAGCGCUGCUGGCCCUGAACAGCGAAUGGGGCGCCUGGUCUUCUUAUCUUGUGAUUCGCCUCUCUUGUUCCCACCCUUCCCUUCCCACUCACAUGGCUCACUGCAGGGAGUUGCCAAAUUGCGGCCUCACUGGAAGCCUGGAGAUUCUCGGCCACCUGCCCCACUUGCAAUACGUUGAUCUCAGCUUCAGCGGCUUCAGUGGAUCCAUCCCUGACGCCAUCGGCAAUGCCACGGGGCUACAGCACCUUGACCUGGCGGAAAUUGCUGAUCUCACUGGAAGCCUCCCAUCCACCAUCAGUCGCCUCACUGCGCUCACAUACCUGUCUAUUGGAAAGAAUCAGUACUUUGUCGAUCCUGAAUUUCCUGAGGACCCACCAAGCAUGCUCUCCGUCAUGGCUACCAUGAGCGCCCCUGUGCUGCAAGGCCCCAUGGCCCACCUCUCCUGCCUCGCCCCGCUCACUCGCCUCCGCCACCUCGCUCUCACGACUCUCAACCUCACGGCUGGAGAGCUGCCUUCCUCUCUCUCUGCCCUUACUUCACUCACAACCCUUGACAUAAAGUUCCUUUCCAUCACCAGCACGCCGCAAUGGAUUGCAUCGCUCCCCAACCUUUCCACAAUGGAUGUCACCGGCAACUCUAAUGUCCACCGCUCUGCACCGUUUCCCACCGAGUGGAUGUCGCUCACAGGGCUGGAGACUCUGCGGGCCGGUCUGAAUGGCUUCACUGGCUCUAUCCCCUCCACCAUCUCCGCCCUCACCGCCCUCACCAUCUUGGAGCUCGAUUUGAACAACAUCUCAGGGAGCAUUCCUGAUGGCAUCCUCAACCUCUCUCGCCUGGAAUACCUGGGCCUCUCGUCCAACAAUCUCACUGGUGCCGUUCCUGCCACUCGUGCACCCCUGCAAACCUUAGACCUCUCCCACAAUCACCUCACCAACAUGCCUACUGCAAUUUCACCUGCCCUUGCAUCCCUCAAUCUGAGCUACAACGACCUGCAGGGAUCCUUGCCUGCCAAUAACAUCCAAUCACUAGACCUCAGCCACAAUCCUCUGACUGAAGGCUUGGAUACGCUUAUCAAGAAGUCCCCAUCUCUUGUAUCACUGUAUGUCGGAUCAUGCAACUUCUCAGGCCCUUUCCAGUCCUAUCCCGGCAGAGUGCUCCGAGUUCUUGACGUGUCUAACAACAGCUUCUCUGGACCCUUUCCCUCCGUUCUCUUGAACAAGGGCAGUGAAACUUCAUACAUCAACCUCUCACACAACAACUUCACGAGACCUCUUCCACCAAAAUUACCUGGCACACUAUCUUUCACAUAUGACUUCCAAACAUUCGACAUUUCCCACAACCGCUUCUUUGGCGUUGUUCCUCGCGGCAUUUGGUGUCUGUGUUGCCUCACGUCCCUCUCCAUGGCUCACAACCAGCUGCAUGGGUCUCUUCCUGCUGCCCCCUUAUCCCUUCAGCUCCGUGCUCUUGAGCUGCAAGGCAAUGCCUUCUCUGGCCCUCUCCCCAACUUCGCUUCAUGGGAAACCCAGUCACUGCAUGUGCUCGAUGUGAGCGACAACCAGCUCAGUGGCUCCCUCCCUGACUCCAUCACCCGCUUUGCAACACUGCAGCACCUGGGCCUUGGAGGCAACAACUUGAGUGGCCCCAUACCUGCUAGUCUGGGCAGCCUUGUCAAUCUGACAUCCCU